CGCUGCAGGGACCGCGGGGGUCGCCGCUCGUGCCGCUUCCAGCCUGCGCCGAGAGGUACCAGGGUGGCCGCUUUAGGCGGCUUGCGACUGCGGCGCUGAUCCCCCGCACCGGCGGGAGGGAGGCGAGGCCCGGGGCUGCCAGAAACCCGGUGCGGCCUCUGGCGUGGGGACCGGGCAGGAAGGAGCCCCGCAGCAGCGAUGGGUUUCGGGUAGAAGCGUCUGGAGUGCUACGGCCUGGGACCUGACGUUUCCGUUGGGUGUCCGUGGGUGCUGUCGCGGAGCACGGAUAAGGAUCGGGGUGCUGGGGCCACAGCAGCCUGCGGGGUUGCGAAACACGCGGGGCGUGGUCACCUGACCGUUACCCGCCCCCGCUGAGCCUUUGUUUACCGGGAGCACGGCCUCGGGCGGUCCCGGGGGAGCCCCCUCCCGGCUGCCCGCUUCCUUCUCCGUGGGCCUUUGCUUAUUUUAGUUCCCAAUGUUCCCGCCCCCAAAUCCUGAAAACCGGAGGCCAAGAUCAUUCGAGCGGCCGGGAUUGGGCGCUGCAGUCGGGAUGGUCCGGCGGGUUCCGCGUUUUUAUUGGCAGGGGAUGGUAGGUGGGUGGCUCGUGCCGGGCAGUCCCGCCCUCGCCUGAAGGUGACCUGGAGGACGCGGGUGCAGUCAGAGGGGAGCAGCGGGGAGUGGGGGGGCGGGGGGGGGUGGGUAGGAGGGGGCGUGCCCCGCGGAAGCAGGGGGCUAACCCGGAGUUGCUGGCAUAGAGCGUGCAGUGACUGGACAGCGCUCAAAGUGAGGUGCUGCGAACUUGCCCUUGCCUGCUCUGUCCAGCCUUUGGUGAACCACAGGGCCACGUUGGAGAAGCUUCAGCUUCAGCUCUACCGGAUUUUAGUCAUAAGUCAGUUUUUUUUUUUUUUUCUGUUAGUGUUCUCAGCUGACAUCUGGCAGGUGGUUGAUAACGGUUUGGUGUUUUGUUUUUCUUUAUUAGGAUUUGAUAUCCAACCCUUGCUACUUAAGAUUUAAACAGUGGCUUUUACCUUUAAAAAAAAAAAAAAGAUAAUUUGAGGUUAUUCACCUAAAAGUUUUUUGGUUUUGGAUUUUUAAGUGAGCUUUCUUAGUUUCCCCUGAUUGGAGAUUUCCAGCGCACACAGUUUAGUGUAUUAUAUUAGUCUUCCAGAGAGUUCAGAUGUUUCUGAGAAGUGAGUUGAAGGUGUGAUUGGAAAACUGUACAUUAAGAUCACUGAAAGCCCAGUCAUUUCCAGCCAGAGGAUAUUAAAGGUGGUUUUCCAAAGCUCUUCAGCUCAGGGUGCAGUUAGAUUUUGUCAUUUUAUCGCAGAAAAGUUGAGCUUCCAAAGUGAAGCAGGUAUUACUGGUACACAGCCUUAAUAUACUUUUAAAAGAUUCCGUGUGGGUGUUUCACCAGCCUGUAUCCAACACCUGCAUUUGGUGUCAAAAAAGGCCAGAAGAGAGGUCAGAUUUCCUGGAACUGAAGUUCUAGAUGGCUCAGGUUGUCAGCUGCCUUGUUGGUGCUGGGAUCCAAACCUGGGUCCUGUGCAAGAGCACUGCUAAAUCAUCGCUCCAGCCCCUCUUAAAAAUUCAAGUACUGAUGACUGUGUUAAAAUAAGAAGCCGGCUGGUCAGAACACAUAGUCACUGGUAUACUGAGGUUAUUAAGUAGAUCUUAAUAUAUACAUACAUAAUAUAUAUAUUAUAUGUACAUAUAUACAAAUGCAAUCCAGUAUGCUUUAAUACAAACUACCAUUUGAUAAGUCGAGUUUCUUUAAACAAAGCCUGUGACCUAGCCUCUAAACAGGAAGAAGAAAACAAUAUUCUGAGAGCUAUCGGUUAUAUCUUAGACUUUCCUGGCUCUCUUCCAGAUUGCUAAAACCUUAAUGCUUUUUCAGUGUGCUCUUUUAACUUCCUUGUUUUCCUGCCGUUUCAUUAAGAGUCAGAGGUCAAGCCUUUGGAAAAUAAAUACUUAGCAAAUAUGUUGCAGUAUUUAUUCUUGUAUGUACUUUACUCUUACCUGGAAAUUUUAGGACAGCUCUCUUAUCAAAUAUGUAGGUGUGGACUCAGUAAUGAAAAAAAUGUCAAUGAAAUGUCCUCAGAAGCAUUUAUACAAAAAAUGAUUUCAUUUCUGUUGUGACUGCAACAAUGAUACUAGACAGCUGGAUGUUUUUAACAGUUCUGUUCUUCACGCUAUAAAUACUCCCAUAAGCUCAACAAGCUGAAUCCCCUGUGGGUAGUUCCAGUUAUUUGAGAGACUAAGGAGUUCAAGACCAGCCUGGGCAACACAGACUUGGGGGGUGGGGGGCCAACAACAGAAUAGCUAAUUACCUUCAAGAGUUGUAAUUCUUCCAGGACAACACGUGCUUGCGCAUGCACUCGGUCUCUCUGUCUCUCUCGCCCCCCCCCCCCCAAUACUGAGGACUGAACCCAGGACCUUCACACAUGUUAACCACUGAGUUCUCCUUAGGUGGCUAAAGAGAAUGAAAACCCUAUUACUGAAAACCCUAUAUUGCCUAUAACUGGGGUGGGAUCUGGAGUUUUCACCAAGUCUGAACUAUACAGGAAGACUCUGUCUCAAACCAAAGGGAUUAGAUUUUGUUGGCAUUUCUAAAAAUAUUUCUGAAUAAAAAUCAUUGACUUCCACGUGUUUUUGUAUAUUAAAAGGCCAUUUAGAAUCCCAGGUCACAGGUCAUUUUAUAGGCACCGUAGCUGGUUUUGUUGUAAUAAGCCAAAACUAGUUUUGGUAGCAGAAAAGUAACUGUCAGAAUUCUGUUUCUUCCUCUCAUUCAUAGCAGGAACUUGUUUUAUAGUCCUGGCUGACCUGGUGCUUGCUAUGUAACUUAGAAUAGUCUCUGAUUCACAGUGGUCCUCCUGCUUCAGCUUCGAGAGAGCUGAAGUUGCCAGUGUUCUCUUUCUUGUUUUGCUAGGCCUUUUAUUUUUACAUAAAAAUGCAGUAAGGAUAUGGGUGUGGAUAGAAUUGUUCCAUGCCAGGUCUAGUAAAGAGCAUAAGUCAGGCAAAGCCUUUUCAGGCCGUAAAAAUGCCUGAAAUUUAUAUAUUUUUGUAAAUUUUUAUAUCUUAUAUAAGUUUCAUAUUUUAUAUAACCUUGUAAAAUGUAUACAAAUAUGUAAAAGCCUGCUUGGUUUAGCAUAGUACUUUUGUAAAAGAUUUAGUCCAUUGGAAGCGUGUGCUACCAUUGUUAUACAUUAUCAUUAGGUCUUUAAAGAUGCGUCUCCUAAUUAACCCUUUCUUGUUUUUUGCUUUAUCCGUGGUUCAGUUUGAUAAAAUGUAGUGUGGAGUAUGACAGCAUGGAUGGUUGGCACAUUGUUAGGGACUAUAAUAGCACAAUGCCAUUUAUUUUUUGUGUUCUCAUCUUUGUAAGGCCCUCGUUGGUCCAUACUGUAUGUCUGUAGCCUCUUUGUAGAGGAUUCUUUUAAAGGAAAACAAAGCUUUUGUGUUGCUAGAUUGUAAACCAUACCUUAUAUAGCGCUUCCUGCCUUUGUACCUUGACCACCUCUGUUUCCUGCACUUUACCUCGUCAGAUCUUCAGGAUUACCUGAGUAGUCAUUCUGUACCUUUAAUCCCAAAGGCAAGCAGAUCUCUGUAUGUUAUAGGCCAGCCUGGUUUACACCAGGUAUCCUGGUUCCAGGGCUACUUAGAGAAACCCUGUCUCAAACAGAAACCAAAUAACAAUUUAAAGAAAAGAAAAAAGUGGGCUGGAAAGAUGGCUCAGUGGUUAAGAACACUGACUGCUCUUCCAGAGGUCCUGAGUUCAAAUCCCAGCACCCACAUGGUGGCUCACAACCAUCUGUUAUGGGCUCUGAUGCCCUCUUCUGGUCUGUCUUAGGGCAGUAUGACAGGGUACUCACAUACAUACAAUAAAUAAAUAAAUCUUUUUUUAAAAAAAGGAAAGGAAAAAGCAUAAGUAUUACUUAAAAGUCCUGCAGAAAAUGCUGGACGAGUUGUUUUCUAUUUCCAGGGGUAUAAUUCUACACCAAACACAGAAUGAGAGGCUCUGUUCGCAUUUGUGCUUGAGAUUUCUGCUACAGAAAUGCUGAGAAUUUGGAUCCGUUUUAGUGUUAAUCUUGGGUUCUUGUUUGAUUCUAGUCUUAGCCAACCCUAUACUAUCUAAAAUUGAUUUCGGAACUAACCUUUACUACCCUGGUGUCAAGACAGUAGUGAGACUCUCUUACUAAGGACUGGUAAAGAAUACUUACUUAGGUAGGACUAACCAUCGCCUGACUUACCAAGAUCCAAUAUUCUUCAUCAAGUAUACACCUAAAUUAUAAAUUAGACUGCCUAAUGAAAGUAAGGAAAUAUAUAAGAUAAUAUUCAUGUCCUAAUCUUAGCUUACUCUGGGUAUAAAGAUGUAAAUAUAGGUAUUUUGGGUUUUUUGUUUUGUUUUAAGUUGGUUACUUAUAUUUGGUUUUAAUAUCGACUUUUGAAUCUGCCUAAACUUAAGAAUGUACAAGUUCUCUUUACAGAUCAGACACCAGAACCAACCAGUUGAAGUUAAAUGUCAUUGCUAUUCUAUGUACUACUCUAAAUCCUGGUGUGUACAUUUAAACAUUCUUCUCCAUCUCCUACACACAAACACACAAACAUGUACAUUUACACAUAAACACAUGCAUGCAUGACACUUGUACACAUACACACACACACCCAGAUACGCAUGCACAAUAGCUCACAGAGAGAGAUUGUGCUGAAUUAGUUGUGUAGACAUUAUAAGGCACAGUAAAACAGAAGGAUUAUGUAUUACAGUUAUUUGAUAAGUUUGAAGGUUUUAUAUAAAGAUGUAUAUGAUAAAGGCUUAAAAGUAGGUGAGGCUUUUCUCUGUUUUUUUCUUUUUUUGACUCUGAGACUUCUCAAAUUGAUUCCAUAGUUAUGUGUAGUACAGAAUGAAUAAACUUUGGUCAUGUUUGGUUUUGAUAUCAACUUUGAAUCUGACUAAACUUAACACAUCAACUCUUAGAGUAACUUAAGUCUAUCAAAUCUGAAUGAAAUGUAGUUUGUAGGCAUUCUUAAAAUAGUCAAAGUGGGGCUGGAGAGGUGGCUCAGCGGUUAAGAGCACUGAUUGCUCUUCCAGAGGUCCUGAGUUCAAAUCCCAGCAACCACAUGGUGGCUCACAACCAUCUGUAAUGGAAUCCUCACCUUGUGUGUUGAAGACAGUGACAGUGUACUCAUAAGAUAAAUAAACAGAUCUUUUUUUAAAAAAAAAAAAAGUCAAAGUGGAAUUAUAACCGGGUACACUUUUCAUCUCACCAUCAAAUUUAGCUUAACCAUUUCUUACUAAUGCACUUGAGCUGAUAGCAUCUGAUUUACAUGUCACUGUUCUCUAUUUUAGGUGUGAAAAUUUAAAUAACCUGAGUACUUUGCCUGGGGCUUUGGUCAAACAAAUGCUGAGAAGACAAAGUUUUCAUGUACGCAUGGUUGUCUUGGAACUUGCUCUGUAGACCAGGCUGGCCUCAAACUCAGAGAUCCACCUGCCUCUGCCCACCAAGUGCUGGGAUUAAAGCUACAUAAAGAAGAUCCCUCGGAGCCAUUUCUCAACAAUUAUAUAGUCAACUGAUGUAACAAUGGUACUAAUAUUGGGACGCAGAUUAAACAGAGAGGAUCUUGGGGUGCGUGAUUCCCCAGCAACCAAGCGUAAAGUUUUUGAAAUGGACCCCAAAUCUCUGACAGGUCAUGAGUAUUUUGACUUCUCUUCAGGAUCAUCCCAUGCUGAAAACAUCCUCCAGAUAUUUAAUGAGUUCCGAGACAGCCGCUUAUUCACAGAUGUUAUUAUCUGUGUGGAAGGCAAAGAGUUCCCGUGCCAUCGAGCUGUCCUCUCAGCCUGUAGCAGCUACUUCAGAGCCAUGUUCUGUAAUGACCACAGGGAGAGCCGAGAAAUGCUGGUUGAGAUCAACGGCAUUUUAGCCGAAGCCAUGGAGUGCUUUUUGCAGUACGUGUAUACUGGGAAGGUGAAGAUCACAACGGAGAAUGUCCAGUAUCUCUUUGAAACCUCCAGCCUCUUUCAGAUAAGUGUUCUCCGUGAUGCUUGCGCCAAGUUCUUAGAGGAGCAGCUUGAUCCUUGCAACUGCUUGGGAAUCCAGCGUUUCGCCGACACCCACUCACUCAAAACACUCUUCACAAAGUGCAAGACCUUUGCAUUGCAGACUUUCGAGGAUGUGUCCCAGCAUGAAGAGUUUCUCGAGCUUGACAAAGAUGAACUUAUUGAUUACAUCUGUAGUGAUGAACUUGUUAUUGGUAAGGAAGAGAUGGUUUUUGAGGCAGUCAUGCGCUGGGUCUACCGAGCGGUUGAUCUGCGAAGACCGCUGCUCCAUGAGCUCCUGACGCAUGUCAGGCUUCCUCUCUUGCACCCCAACUACUUUGUUCAGACAGUUGAGGUGGACCAGUUGAUCCAGAAUUCCCCUGAAUGCUACCAGUUGUUGCACGAAGCAAGACGGUACCACAUACUUGGCAAUGAAAUGAUGUCCCCAAGGACUAGGCCACGCAGGUCUACUGGCUACUCAGAGGUGAUAGUUGUGGUUGGAGGCUGUGAACGAGUUGGAGGAUUUAAUCUUCCAUACACUGAGUGCUAUGAUCCAGUAACAGGAGAAUGGAAGUCCUUGGCCAAGCUUCCAGAAUUUACCAAAUCAGAGUAUGCUGUCUGUGCACUGAGGAAUGACAUUCUUGUUUCAGGUGGAAGAAUCAACAGCCGUGAUGUCUGGAUUUAUAACUCACAGUUGAAUAUCUGGAUCAGAGUUGCUUCUCUAAAUAAAGGCAGAUGGCGUCACAAAAUGGCUGUCCUUCUUGGUAAAGUAUAUGUUGUUGGCGGUUAUGAUGGGCAAAACAGACUUAGCAGCGUAGAAUGUUAUGAUUCCUUUUCAAAUCGUUGGACAGAAGUUGCUCCACUUAAAGAAGCCGUGAGCUCUCCUGCGGUGACAAGCUGUAUAGGAAAAUUGUUUGUGAUUGGUGGGGGACCCGAUGAUAAUACUUGUUCUGAUAAGGUCCAAUCUUAUGACCCAGAAACCAAUUCUUGGCUACUUCGUGCAGCUAUCCCCAUCGCCAAGAGGUGCAUAACAGCAGUCUCUUUAAACAACCUGAUCUACGUUGCUGGUGGACUGACCAAGGCCGUGUAUUGUUACGAUCCAGUCGAAGACUACUGGAUGCACGUACAAAACACGUUCAGCCGGCAGGAAAACUGUGGUAUGUCUGUUUGUAAUGGUAAAAUCUAUAUCCUGGGUGGAAGACGGGAAAAUGGAGAAGCCACAGAUACUAUUCUCUGUUACGAUCCUGCGACAAGUAUCAUCACAGGAGUGGCUGCGAUGCCCAGACCAGUGUCCUACCAUGGCUGUGUGACUAUUCAUAGAUACAAUGAGAAAUGCUUUAAGCUCUAACAAUACCUCACACAAGAAGCCAAUGCCAAUCCAAGAGGAAAGUUUUUAAAACGACCAUGUGCGAACACAACUUUGUGCCAUCUGCAAAAAAGAAAUAAAUAAUCCUGUUGCCUUUCUGACCCAAACACCAGACUUCAAGCUGUCAAAUGUCAGUCCUUUUCUGUAAUGGGGUGGGGUGGAUUACAGUGAGCCAGGACCUGCGUCUAUCCCAGCACCCAGAAGGCAGGUUUCUAUACUUUUGAACCCAGCCUGGUCUGCAUAAAAUGUUCUAGGCCAGCAAAAGUAAGAAUUUGGCCUAUGAUUAUACUUUUGCAUUUUUGAAAAACUAGGUGGGGUAGGCAGUAAUGCCCAGUGUAAACUUCUUAGGGAUUUGUGGACCCUCUUUCAGGAAUGUGUCCUUUUUUUGUCAGUUUUGUAGAAAAUAUUGCAUGACUGAAGCUUCAUUUAGGUUGAAUUGCCUGAUGUUAAGAAUGUUUAGAACUCAUUGUGAGGGGAGGAAAUGAGUUUGUUUGUUCGUUGUUUUAACCAUUUAUUUAAGUUAUGUGCAUUGGUGAAAGGGGAUCAGAUCCCUUGGAACUAGAGUUACAGACAGUUAUGAACUGCCCUGCCAUGUGGGUGCUGGAAAUUGAACCCCAGACCUCUGGAAAAACAGACCGUGCUCUUAACCACUGAACCAUCUCUCUCCAGCCCCCAGAAAUGAGUUUUAAAUAUCUGUCACGGACUUUAUCCCUGCCGGUUAAUUUUAUUGAAGGCUUUUUGGGGUUUUGUUUGUUUUUUCCUAAUUAUAAAAGUGUAGUAACAAUUCAGCUACCAUAAAACACCAAAUUUUAUGACUGUAUAGACUGUUCUCUGAUAUUAAAUACUUUGUGAGCUUAUGUAGGAGAUAGAAAAGUAAGAAAAUUUAAAUUAUACAUUAGUCCCUAAGGAAAAAUUAAAGUAACUAUUGAAAAAAAAAAUGUGAUCCACUUUGGUUCUCAGGGUAUUUAAUGAAUCAUCUGUGAGUCCACUAAAGGAGUUCUUCCCUCUAAACUAAUCUAGGAGCUAACGUCCCGCUUACGGGCAGGCGGGUGUCUGUGUCCAGGGUGUUUCCCAGGCAUGGCAGUGCACACCCGUGUCCAGGGUCUGGAAGGUACAUCGAAAGAAACCAAAUGGGCUGGACAGAGUGUUAGUGAACACUCACUGCUCCCAGCCCCUAUCAGGUGGCUCACUAAUUUCUGCAGCUCUAAUUCCAGGGAAUCGUAACACCUUCUGGCCUCCCUAGAUAUCUACAAGCAUGUGGUGCACAUACAUUCACACAGGCACACAUGUAUGUAAAAGAGAUAUAUCUUAAGACAAAUAUGCAUUUUGUAAUACUGAAAAAAAAAGAAAGAAAGGCAAGAGCAGGUUUGCUCCCUACCCAGUCUGGCAGAGUUUGAUCUUACGAUGCUUUGUGAGUGCCACUCCGCUCGCUCGUUCACUGCCAUGUAAGCAGUUGUCAGUCUAGGAAGGCUGACUGAUUCCUUAACAUCCUACAGUCACUCUUCUCAGUGGGGCCACGUGUUUGUGACUCUGACCAGCAGCAGUUCUGGUCUUCAGAGAGAAAUCUCUUAUUGGGGAGAGCUCUUUUAUUUGUAUAAAAUACUGAUCAACAUUUUCAGAUUUCUAUUAAAGUUUUCCCUCAGGUUCUUCACCUCCAUUUUAUAAAACUUAGUACUUUUCAAAGGGAAAUGUGAAAUUUUUCUUAGAAAUAUAAGUAAAUACAGCAGGAAUUAGCAUAACUAAUUAUUGUAACUUCUGUGUGGACAGAUAACGAUUUACAAUGCCCUAGGCUGCAGCAGGUCUCUCACUAUAAUAUACUCCUUGUUGAUGACAAUAGUGUCACUAGAUUUCUGUUCACGUUAAGGCAGUCAUCAAAGCCUAGCAUUGGCAGACAACUUCUUUCUCAGCUUAGGAGAAUACAAACGUUUUUAAGAGUCAUGCUUAAUUGGAAUCCAAAUUCUGAGAAAAAUGCUUACAAGGUAUAUUUGGGAAAUUGUUGUCACGUCAUAAAUGGUGAGUAAUGUAACACAGCUAAGGAAGCAGCUCCGAAACAGUCAUCUGUCAGUCGACAGACAGACGUACGGAUAGUCAAGGGUAUCUGUACUGUAAUUUUAUAGUAAAUAUCUUCAUUAGACUUCUGUUAGAGAAUGGAGAUUGUUUGGUUCAGAAAUUCUUAAACAGUAAAGUGUGUGAAUAAAGGUGUUUUAUAAAUGCUUAGGACUCUGCAGAUGCUAACUGUUAUGUAUGUGUGUAAGAUCAUGCCCAUUCAUAAAUACAUAUAUAAAACUCGGUCAAAAUAAAUUUGUAUCUUAGUAUUUUUGUCUGUUGUAAAAGUAUUAUCUACUUGUAUCUUGUAAUGUUUAUCUUUCAUAUAUCUUGUUUAUUGUAAAUUGGAAAAAAAUCCUCAAAAUCAGAAUUUGUUUAAACACAUUACUUUUUCUUUAUGUUGCAAAUUAUAUUAAAAGUUACCAGAAAGUACCUGAAUCCUAGAAAAUUAACUUUUUAAAGAUACCCAGUUGAUAUUUUAACUUCCUUUAAUUUCUUUUCUUUGCUAAUUCUUGAUAAAUAAUGGUGGUAAGCCCCGGUUUAAGAAAAAUAAUUUUAGAGUAUAAUUAGUGCAUUAAAAGGGAUACAUCAACCAUCUUGGAGUCAGACUAUCUUCAUUUUGUCAUCCCAUAAUUGGCAGACUUUCUUUUAAUGGGUGGUUUCUAUGAGCCCCUACGUUAGUAUGUGUUUGUGUUUACAUGCAGAUAGUAUGGUUGUGUACGUAGAUCACAAACACCCAAUGAUUUUUGCAGUUUAAUUAUCAGAAAUGUAUAAAGUCAAAAAGUAGUUGAUGACAUCCAGUUCAGUUGCGAAAGACUAACUUGGAACAUUUCUGGAGUACUCUAGUGUUAAGGCAGGCUCUCUGUGGCCUGUGCUGGCCUCAAGCUCUUGGCAAUUCUUUGCCUUCUGAGAGCUGCAGUUAGAAGUGGAAGCCAGCACUAGUUUUCUAAAGAAAUCAUUUCGUCUGAAAGUGCAGAUAGAUCUGGUCCUAAGGAUCUGUGCGUCUGUGUGACAGCAGUGUUACCAGGUCGGAAAGCAGACCUGGAGAGAGGUUUGCAAACAUCACUUGCGGCUGUGCAGAUGGAAAGGACGUAGGUUUUGUGGAUCAACAGAAAAUUACAGUUGGUUGUUGUGUGCACUUUUCCUACGAAUCCUCCUUCAAGUCUUCUCCAUGUAUUGCACAGGGUGGCCUGACUUCCUCCGUUUUCACCGUACUGUCUGUCCCCAUGCUGACUUGACUAACAGAUAGGAGUUGGAUUUUCAGUAGCCGCUUUUCAUAGAUUAUUGGGAUCCAGGUGUUUACUCCGUUUGAAUCAGGUUUCAAGACGCCAAUGCUCAGGGAGGGCGUUAGCUUGUCUGUGUUGCCCAUCAGGGUGUGCAAAAGUGCUUUCCCUUAGAUACCGUUCAGUUGAUGGCUGUAGACUAAAAUGUUUGAGAAACUUGACCUGUAUCAGUGGUUGAACAUCUGUCCUACUCGGAAGGAUGACAGUGCUUUGUGAACUGACACGUUCUCCUGGUGAAUAUGAAUUGUUUCUGCGUCUGCUGUCAGACUCCCAUUUUGAAACUCAGGAAAGACAAAGGUGGGUCUUCUGCUUUUGUCAGUGUCCAGACCAGGUGUGUACUGCUUUUUCCUGAUCUGACAGUAGGUUUUUAAAAACCACUCUGAGAGCCCAUAUGCAAAGAGAAGAAGGGAGUUGAAUUGUUUGCGUGUGCCUUUAAUGCCUUGAGGUUUAUAUGGGAAAAGGAUACAUCGUACAGACUAAAUGUGGUACCAAGUAAACAGUAAUGUGCAGAAGCUUCCUGUGGACUGCCUGCCUCAUAGUCCACCCAAGACAUUACUAGUUAAAAUGACUUGAUCUGGCUAGAGUUAGUGGUACAUAGCUGAGUGUGGUGGCAAUGUCUGUUAUUCCAGCCCUUGGGAGGUGGGGCAAGAGGAUCAGGAAAGUUCCAGGACCAGCAUGGCGACAGAGAGCCAGUUUGGGGUCAGAGUUGGCCAUGUGAAGUCCCGUGUGAGAAAGAGUAUGGAGCUCAUUGGUAUUCUGUAGAGAGAUGGAAUGGUCUCAUUUCACCCAUUAUUAGGUAAAUAAUUCACCAAACCACAUGAGCAUCAUGAAAAUCCACCAUACCACGUAACCAGAAUGAAGCGUUUUGGCUGACCUGGGAUGCAAUAGGUUUGCCUAGCCAAGUAUGCUUACUGCCACAUCUAGUGCUAGGCGUCAAACAACAUUCCAGGAGUACAAACUAUAAUACCUGAGAUGUUUCAAAGUAUUUUAGACAUCUUAAAGCCUUACAUUUGUCAGUGGGUUGGAGAGAUGGCUCAGUUAGGAGCAAGCACUAGCAUUUGCUGCUCUAGCAGAGGACCUGGGUUGGGUUCCAAGCACCUUCACUGUGGCUAACAGGUGUCUGUAACUCUAGGUCCUGGGUUCUAGUACCCUCUGGCCCCCACAGGCACACAUGGGCACAUAUAUUACAUGGAGAUGGCCAUGGUACAGGGAAAGCAUACACAUAAAAAUAAGUUAUCAUUAAAAUGUUGAAUAUGAACCUUUUACAUUUGUGUGGUUGCCUUAAAUAUAAACAAAUAGCACUAAAGGUGAUCAUAACAUAGAAAGUAAAAUCACAACUUUAUAUAUUGUCCCCAAAGAGGUUUUGUUUUAAUGUCUGUGCCUUAAGCUACCCAGUGCCAUCUCAGCCUAAUAAGCCACAGUACUGGUUUUUUGUUUUUUUUUUUUGGUUUUUUUUGUUUUUUUUUUUUUGGUUCUUUUUUUUUUUUGGAGCUGGGGACCGAACCCAGGGCCUUGCGCUUCCUAGGUAAGCACUCUACCACUGAGCUAAAUCCCCAGCCCCCACAGUACUGGUUUUUGAGGGCCUGAUUUUGCUUUAUCUUUUGAGUCAGGGUCAUAUGUAGCCUAGGCUGGCCUAGAACUUUUGCUAAAAAUGAUACUGACCUCCAGUCAUUCUGUUUCCUCCCGUGCUUGAAUGACAGUGUGUGCCACCAUGCUUGGCUGCGUGUGUUUCUGUCUGUCUGUAGGUUGGUUGGUUGUUCAGUUGGUUGUUUUAAUGGAGCCCUGGCUAACCUGGAACUCAGGAUAUGGCCAGGUUGACCUUGAACUAAUGGCAGUCCUUCUGCCUUUGUCCAUGAGUGCUAGGAUUAUGGGCUUGAGCCACCACUCCCAGCUGUUCUGAAAUUCAUUGGAGUGCCAGCUGCCUGCUUGGUGGAAAGAGAAUGUUAAAUAAGGUCGUUGCUCAGAGUUUUACAUUUUUAACUUUUGGUACCUAGGUGCUUUGUAAAAUACUCAGAUAAAUACCCAUUAAGCUCUCCUAAGGUCAUUUGAAAUAGUGAAAAAAGUACGUGUAGUUAUUUCUGCUUGUCAUUAUAUCAAUAGUUCUGCUCUAGGCUUUUUGAGAAAGCAACUUCCUCUUCAUCUCCCCACCCCCACCCCUACCCCCUGCAGUGUCUAAGCCUCCAGAGCUGAGGUAAGACUUUCAGAUCUGAACAAGUGUAUGUGCUUUACUGUAACUGCCUCACACCUCUUGCCUAGAGUUUGAAUCUUCACAGUGAGAAAAGAAUGUUUUCUACGUCCUUGUCCUCAGUUCCGCUGCAGUAUAGUAAAUGCUUACGUUUUUGUUUAAUUGCACUUCUUCCGUAGUUUAAAUUUUUAAAAGUUGUAUCUAAUGUCUUUUAAACAUUAUUUGACUAUAUGGUUACAUUAAAUUUUGUUUACCAAAAA